GCUGCGUCAGAGCUGCUGAAAAUCUGCCGAGAGAGUUUUAUAUUCCUCGGCGGAAUAAUACAUAUUAACGGACACGAAACGUUCAGAGAUGAUCCACACUUUACUGAAGUAUAGAGACGACGUUAUUAUUCUUCAUUAUAAGCUCCAAUACAUCAGUAAAGAUCACAAUAGCUGCUGAAGGCUUCGGGUUUUUGUAAAUAUCUUGAGUUAAAUGGCGGGUUUUGCAGUGAAAUGCCUGCAGAUCGAUAUAUUUCGGCAUUUGUUUUCUUUCCACUGGUAUUUGCGUCUUAAACGGGACAAGAACUAGAAGAAGAUCUGAAAUACUGCAGUAAAUAUGGAGUGUGUUAAGGAGGAGAGUGAUGCAGAAACACACACCAUGACAGAUGAGGACACUGAGGGAAAUACUACAGACCUGAUGAAGGUGAAAGAUGAAGAAGCCAAUGAAGAGAAGAGUUCAACAAGUGACGAAAAGUCCUCUAGCGGCUCAGAGACUGCUCCACCCAAAGGCUCCUUCUCCUGCCCGCAGUGUGGGAAGAGUUUCACACGUAAAGGACACCUGGAGGUCCACAUGGUGAUCCACACAGGUGAGCGGCCGUACACCUGUCCUCAGUGCGCCAAGAGCUUCACAUGUAAGGGAAGCCUGAAGGAUCACUUCAGGAUACACACCGGAGAGCGUCCGUUCACAUGUCCGCAGUGCGAAAAGAGCUUCACCAAUUCAGGAGGACUGAAGAGGCACUUGAGGAUCCACACAGGUGAGCGUCCGUUCACCUGUCGGCAGUGUGCAAAGAGCUUCCCGAGCUCGGGAGAGCUAAAACGGCACAUGCGCAUUCACUCCAGAGACAGACCGUACACCUGCCCUCAAUGCGGGAAGAGCUACAAACAGAAAGAGGUGCUGAGGGAGCACGCAAAAACACACUCCGGAGAGAAACCAUUCACAUGCACGCUGUGCGGGAAGAGCUUCACUCAGCAGAGCACGCUGAAGGUGCACAUGAAGGUGCAUUCUGGAGAGAAACUACACCAGUGUCCUGAGUGCGGCAGGAGGUUUGCUGAAGCGUGCAACCUGAAAACACACCUGCUGUCACACACUGGAGAAAGACCCUUCAGCUGUGAGAAGUGUGAGAAGAAGUUUUUCCUGGCCGUGCAUUUAAAGACACACAUGAGGAUUCACGAGGACGAGCGGCGAUACGUGUGCUCAUUCUGUGGGAAGAGUUUCCUGUGGUUGCAUGGAUUUAAGGACCAUCAGAAGACUCACAUUGGGGAGAAACCCUACGUGUGCCUGGAGUGCGGCAAAACCUUCGCCAGAGCUGCGGAGCUGAAGGUGCACGAGCGCAUCCACACUGGAGAAAAACCCUACAAGUGUUCACACUGUGAAAAGAGCUUCACUCAGUCGUCAGGGCUGAAAGUGCACGAGCGCGUGCACACUGGAGAGAAGCCGUACCUCUGCCCUACAUGCGGGAAAACUUUCAGCAGAUACGGCAGUCUAGGGAAACAUCUGAAAAAGGCCUGUCCAAAGCUGAGAAAGUGAACAAGGUCCAUUUAGACUCUAGAGAUACCACAUUAAAAAAUAUUGAAGUGUUUUUGAGCCUAACUACAGUAAAGUACUGGAAUUAAUCUGUUGUGGUGAUUCUACAGUUGCUAUGGUAACACAACAACUACAGUAACUGAUCUGUUGUGGUGAUUCUACAGUUGCUAUGGUAACACCACAACUACAGUAACUGAUCUGUUGUGGUGAUUCUACAGUUGCUAUGGUAACACGACAUUUAUAGUAAUAUAAACAAAAGACCCAAUACUGUAGUUUUCUACAACUAUAGGGUAUAUUAUAUGUUAAGUAAAACUAAAACACUAAAGAGUUUUUUACAGCAGUAACUAUAGAAACAGGAGAUCAGUGUUGUUUAUUAGCGCCUCCUGCUGGCAGAGAGUGAAUCUGCAGCUCAUUCAGCUCAUCCGCUAUUUCCUUCAUGUUUUAUGACUGACUGAUGUCACAGCAUUCUGUUUUUGUGUUCAAUUUAGAAAUGCUGGAUCUUAAUUGGGAUCCUGAUUGAAAUGCAGUGGUUGACUUCAGUUUUAAAUGGAAAGAACACAAGCAAAGCCUUACUUUGUUUAUGUCAAGAGGGAUUUCUUUUAUGUACAUUUUUUGAGUUGCGGUUUGCUAUAAAAAUGUAUUUCGUUUUUAUAUUUUAAUAUAAAAUUGUACAGCAGUAGCCUAAUCAAAGGACAUGUAUGAUGUCUUCAAUCUCAUUAUGUUUAAAAGAUAAAUAAUAAAUAAAAUAAAUAAAUAAAUGUAAUACAUAAAAGAAAAUCAUGACAUCAAAUUCAUGAAUCAAAUUGUGAGUUGAGUGAAUCGUUAUAUGCUUAAUUAUGUGGUAGCAGUUAUUAAACUACACUGAUGUCAGUGUAUUUAAAUGUUUUAAUCAUCUUCAAAAUGUGAAUCAUAACUCCUCAGUGUAUAAUUUCAGUAUACUUUGUUACUUUUAUAAAGAAAUCAGUCAAGCUGAUUGUGUGCUUGUUCAUACUUUAGUAUUUUAAUCAUGAUGUAAACUGACUAAGAGGGCAAUAUUGUAUAUUUUAGUGUUUGUGGCUGUGUGUGAACAUAUCUACAGAAGAGCAGCACUUUUUACUUACUUUUUUAGCACAGUGUUGUAACUUUAUUGUAAUAUUGUUUAUUCCUGCUUUAUUGAAAGUGAUAAAUGUGAAAUGUAACCAAUGAACAAAUGUGCCUUUAAAAUCCCCGUCGCACCAGUAGAUGGAGCCUGCAACACCACACACAUUGUUUACUGCUAUAUUAAUAUUAAUACUGAUAUUAAUACAUCCUUUGUCAUGUGUUUUAUUGAACCUGGAGACUCUUAAAGCUAUUGUCAUAUUCACAAUAUCAGUCUUGUGUUUAUGAAUGUUGCUUACCACCAUGUGUUUUAAUCUGAAUUAUUUGCCAAAAUAUUUGACAGCCACUUAAAUAAAAC